AUGAACAGAAGCACGAGCUUCCACCUUCAGGCAGUGAGCAGCUCAACCAAUCACAGGAGGGGGAUCACACAGUCGUAUUUGCAUGGAGCCUGUAUAAGGAGGGUCGCUCCCUUCUACAGCAAUUCAUUCAUCGCUGUAAUAUCCAAUAUCAGCAGAAUGCCUGAACCAGCUAAGUCCGCACCCAAGAAGGGCUCCAAAAAAGCCGUGACCAAGACGGCCAGCAAGGGAGGCAAGAAGAAGAGAAAGACCAGGAGGGAGAGCUACGCCAUCUAUGUCUACAAGGUGUUGAAGCAGGUCCACCCCGACACCGGUAUCUCCUCCAAGGCCAUGAGCAUCAUGAACUCGUUUGUUAACGACAUCUUUGAGCGCAUCGCCGCUGAGGCGUCUCGUCUGGCUCACUACAACAAGCGCUCCACCAUCACUUCCAGGGAGAUUCAGACCGCCGUGCGUCUCCUGCUGCCCGGUGAGCUGGCCAAGCACGCUGUGUCUGAGGGCACCAAGGCUGUCACCAAGUACACCAGCUCCAAGUAAACAGCUGUGCUGCUGCAC